AUGCUGCCCCUCAACCAUUCCGGCUUCAUUCUGCUGGGCAUACCUGGCUUAGAGUCACAGCAUUUGUGGCUAUCUGUUCCCUUUUCUUCCAUGUUUUUGGCUAUCCUCAUUGGUAAUGGUGCUAUCCUCUUCCUGGUGACCACACAGCCCACCCUUCACUCACCAAUGUACCUACUCCUGGCCCUGCUGAUGACGGCGGACAUUAUAUCCACUCUCGCUUUUGUGCCCAAGCUCCUGUGCAUCUUCUGGCUCAAUGAUGGAGACAUAGCUGCCAAUGUCUGUUUCACCCAGAUGUUUUUCAUCCAUGGAACAUCUGUGGUCAGAUCAGCUCUACUUGUUGCAAUGGCUUUUGACCGUUUCGUGGCUGUGUGCGAGCCAUUACGCUACAAUACAAUUCUGAGUCAUUCUCUAGUUGCACGUCUUGGAUUAAUGGCUCUUGCCAAGGGUGUAAUUCUCAUCCUACCUAUGCCUCUUCUACUUCAAAGACUGACUUUCUGCCAAAGGGUCAUUCCUCACACGUACUGUGACCACAUGGCUGUGGUGAAAAUGGCUUGCAGCCACACUAGACCCAAUCGGAUCUACGGGCUCUUUGUGAUCUUGCUUGUGGUAGGACUUGAUCUGCUACUCAUUGGCUUUUCCUAUACUCUCAUCCUUCAGGCUGUGGUGCGCCUCAACUCUCGAGAUGCCACCUUCAAAGCCCUCAACACCUGCUCCACCCACCUCUUUGUCAUCCUUGUCACUUACGUGCCUGCCCUCUUUUCCUCCAUCACCCAUCGCAUUGGUCGCAACAUUCCACCUCAUGCCCAUAUUCUUCUUGCCAAUCUCUACCUUCUCUUGCCUUCACUGCUCAACCCCAUCAUCUAUGGUAUAAAGAUGAAAGAAAUAAGGGAGACGGUAGCCAAAUGCCUGUGCAGAAGAACUUCAUAG